AUGAUCGUCGAUGUCGGCACAGGCAACGGUAUAUGGGCUUGGGAGAUGGCCAACGAGUUUCCGAGCUGUCAAGUAGUGGGCAUUGAUAGGCGAAAACCCUCCGAACAAAUAAGUCGGUGCAGCAAUCUAUCCUACAUCGAAGCCAGUAUUUUUGAACCGUGGCCUUUGGCAGAUAAUUCAGUGCAUUUCAUCUUUCAACGGAACAUGGGACAAGACAUACCAAAAGAGAAAUGGCGUUUCAUCCUCACGGAGAUGCAUCGAGUACUACGAUCAGGGGGUGAGAUAGAAUUGCUGGAGCCUGAUCUUUGGCAUCAUAAUCCCGGCCCUGUGCAGCAAGCUUUUGACAAGUUCUUUCAGGACCUUUGCAUCGAAAUGAGCAUCAACUUCACCUUUACCGAAUCGUUGCAGCAGGACAUUCAAGAGGUCGGUUUCCAAAACGUUCAACAACACUCCUUGGAUAUUCCUAUCGGUGAAUGGCCACAAGAUCCAGAAUUAAAGCAGUUUGGAUUUAUGAACAAAGAAAUUCGCAAGAGUUUUCUCAAAAAUAGAAAGCCAUUCUAUACCAGCAAAUGGGGUUUCACGUCUGAUAAAUUCGAUAUCGUGCUUCAGGAGCUUAUGGAUGAGUACGAUGAAUAUCAUGGAUUUUCUAGAUUCAACUGUUGGACAGCUAAAAAAGUAAUGUAA